UCUUCUUUGGACUUUAAUUUUGGAUCUAUGAAUUAUUUGUAAUCUACAUACAUGAUACGUCAAGAAAACGGCCGCCCUAUAACUAUCAAUAGGUUAGAUAAUCUGGUAACGCUUUCCCAAUCAGCUGUUACCAUACAAAAAUGUCCAAUUUGCGGCGCCAGGUCCUCAGUGCUUUUAAGAAGCUCCAUCGUACCCGACAAUACGUGUUCCAGGGAGAUGCUAAUGCUCUGGUGGCAGGACGACUAAAAAUCAACGAAUCUUUCCUGCAGAAUCGCAAUGAAAGCAGCGAGGAUGAGAUUCAGAAGAUGAUUAAGCUGGCGCAGGACGUGGAUCUAGAGCUGCGCACGAAUGUCAUCCAAGCCCAGAAAAAGGAGGAAGGUGUUUAUGAACUGAGGAUCACGCCAGAGACAACGCGACUCGACAAUGUGGUCUUCAAUCCUGAUGCGAUCAUCGAAAAACCGCGCAGGCAACGCGGCGACAAAAACACUGAAGGUUGCUGCGGUGGCGCUGCGAUGGCGGCCCUCGAAGCCGAGGUCCAGGCUCGCAACAAAUAGAACUAUACUUGGACUUCUUCUGCUUGGAUUUUGUACUCUUUUUGCGCUUGUUGCGUUCGUCCGACGAUGAGGAGCUGCUAGAGCUAUCCUCGGAACUAUCUGAAGAUGUGGAGUCACUCUCGGAUUCCGAAGAACUUUCACUCGAAUC